UGAUUAUAUGGCAACACUGGGCAAUUGUAGCAGAGACGGGAGAAAGAGUUUCACUUCGCAUUCACUUAUUUGAUUUAUUUUAAUGAGUCGUUUUGCUAUUUAUCCAUUCGUUUUUAGACUACAGAAGAAAUGUACUAUGUCUAGAGGACGUAUAAAAUUAUUUUUAUAGGAAUCGGUUUAAAGUUAGUUCAAGUUAAGACCUCCACAAUGACUCCGACCAAAACAACAAUCACUCCUUUACAGCAAAUGAUGUCUUCCUGCACCGGGGCCAUUAUUACGUCAAUAUUUGUUACUCCGUUAGAUGUUGUUAAAAUAAGAUUGCAAACUCAACAAAAAGAAUUCAUGAAAAAUAAGUGUUAUAUCUAUUGUGAUCGAAUAAUAGAAGAUAUAUGUUGCAUUGGACAGCCUGUUCAAAAUAGCUCAGUAGGAUAUAUUGGUCAACAGUCUAAUCGGCUAAGAUCUCAUCAUUUUACUGGAACUGCUGAUGCAUUUAUCAAAAUAGCAAGAUCAGAAGGAAUCCCUUCAUUGUGGAGUGGACUUCCGCCUACUCUAAUAAUGGCAGUUCCAGCAACAGUUGUAUAUUUUACUGUAUAUGAUCAACUUCAAGAAAGAAUUUCAAAAAAGAUUAAUGCAACUCAAAAACCUUUAUGGAUUCCAAUGUUUUCAGGUGCUGCAGCACGAGUAUUAGAAAUUGGUCAAGCAAUUAGAAGUCUUGUUCAGUAUCAAGGUUUAUCAUCAUUGUGGCGUGGCUUAGCACCAACUCUUAUGCGUGAUGUUCCGUUUUCUUCUAUAUAUUGGGCUUCAUAUGAAACAUUAAAACAGAAAUUUCAACAAGAACAACCAACAUUUUGGUUCAGUUUUGCAGCAGGAGCCAGUUCUGGUGCAGUUGCUGCAGUUUUAACACUGCCAUUUGAUGUAAUAAAGACUCAUCGUCAAAUAGAAUUGGGAGAGAUUGAGACACAGCAAGGUACAAAAUAUUUUUAUUGACUAUUAUAAAUUUUA